AUGUUCCCGGCCCUGAAAGUCUUGCAGGCGAACCUGGGCCAUGGCCGUGAUGCCCAGAACCUAGUGCUGCAAGCUACCAGAGAGGAGAAAGCAGACGUGCUCAUCCUCUCUGAUAUUCUGCGCCCGCCAGAAAACAACGGCCGGUGGGCAUUCAGCAGCUGCAAGACGGUAGCGGUGGUUGCUGUCGGUGAGCUACCAAUUCAGCGCGUGUGGUGCAGCGAAGCUCGGGGGCUGGUAGCAGCGCAAAUUGGCGGAGUGACCUUCAUAAGCUGCUAUGCCCUACCAAGCCUCAACCUCUCCGAGUUCGAGCGCUUCUCGGAAGCCAUAGAACUCGAAGCCUUCUCCCACCCUCAAGUCGUCGUCGCCGGCGAUUUCAACGCCAGGCAUGUGGAGUGGGGCAGUCCGAAAACCUGCGACCGUGGGGAAGAGCUGCACGGAAUGGUAGAGCAGCUUGGCCUGAGCGUGAUCAACCAAGCAUCGCCCGAGCAACUGCAGGACCAACAGCAGCCAGCGCAACAGUCCUCUUCGCAGCAGCAGCAGUCAUCGCAACAGCAGCAGCAGCAACAGCGGCAACCGUCGUCGCGGCAGGGUGCUUCCUCAAGCCAGAGGCGUGUGCGUCACGCUGGCCGUAGAUGGAAGACCUCGCAGUUUUCUGCUACCUCAUUCCUCGAGGUGCUGUUCGCUGCGGACUUUGUCCAACGUGCAACGAGCCAGGAGGGUAUGAUCGCAGCCAUGUUAAAGGCCUGCGAUGAGACGAUGCAGCGGGUUACCCGACUGCACCAAGACCCGCAUCGGAACACAUUCUGGUGGUCUCCCCUCCUGGCUCGCCUGAGGAACAACUGCGAGGUUGCCCGUGACCGGAUGCUGCAGACGGCUGAUUUGGAGGAGCGCAGCAUAGCAGCAGCUGAGCACAGGACAGCAAGGGCGGAGCUCAGUCGAGCAAUUCGAGCUAGCAAGCGGAACAUGUUCCAGGAGCUAAUCGAAAUUGCAGAAGAGAAUGCGUUCGGGGCAGGAUACCGUGUCGUCAUGUCUCGGCUCCGGGGUAGUCGGAUGCCGUCGGAGCCGGACCGGGACAUCCUCGAACGAAUUGUGUCCGACCUCUUCCCUGAGCAUCCGCCCUGUGACUGGUCGCAGCUGAGCAACGCUGGAAACGACGAGUCGUAUACGCAGGUGGAGGAGGCUGCAGCAGUAGGCACAGACGGUGGCCUUAGCGCUGCUGAACAAUCGGCGGCGGUCGAGGCGGAAGUUGCCUCCCGCUAG